CCGCUUUACUAAAUUAGAAAGGUGGGAGUAAUAGGUGCUUUCUAGAGACCGCGUUUUAUCAGCUCCCGCUCGUACCUCAGCAGUGCUCUUCAUACAACUUUGGAUCAUCACUCAUCCCGCAGUUCGGUGGCGCCAGAUAUUUUCAUCCACAUUAACAAUCGGUGGGCCAGGGCCCCGGCCCAGGGGAAUUCAUAAUGUGAUAUGUAAGCCAAGCGGCGAAGUUCCUCAGUCCUUGAAGACAUAUAUAAGUAGGAUAUAACUUGCUCAUGAUACCAAGGACACUUCCAUUCUGCUUUACAUCCAGCACCAAUUGCAACGAACUACCAUGGCCUCUGGCACCAUCGGCACCCUCAACUACCUCAUCGCUCCACUUGACGGCUCUCGGCCCUACAAUAGAAUGUAUGCAGAUACUAGCGCCACGGCGAAGCCGGCCCACAACUGGACCCAGGAGCCGCAUGAUAUGCAAGUUGAGGACGUGCGCGGGAAGGAGGAACUUUACAAGCUUGACAAUGCUGGAUUUCAGUUUGGGCGAGAAGCGGCGAAGCAUGCCAGCUUCUUGAAUGAUGAUGAGAUUCAGCGCGAAUACUACCCUGAGAGCAUCGACCUCAUCAAGAGGGUUACGGGAGCAACCAACGUUGUCAUCUUCGAUCACACUAUUCGUCGCCGUCGCCCAGGCGAGCCAGGCGAUAACCCACAGAAACGUCAACCAGUCUCCUCAGUUCAUGUGGACCAAACGACUGCGUCGUCCAUUUCUCGUGUUCAUAGGCAUCUCCCGCCAACGGAAGCUCCUUCCCUUCUUCGCAGACGCUUUCAAAUCAUAAACAUCUGGCGUCCAAUAUCGCAUGCAGCUGUAGAUUGGCCGCUUGCACUAUGCGACCUUCCGCAGUGUCGAUGUCGAGAAAGACUUGGCUUUGACUCAAUACAAGAUGGCAGUGUUGCGAGGUUGACCCCUCAUACUGGGUUCCAAGACCCGAACACUCCAGAGGGAACGCCGCCUCGGGAAUCCAUCGAGCUGAGAGCUCUGGUAUUCUAUGAUUAGAACAAGUGGCGUUAAGAAUUGACAAAGAACUCUUACCGCAUUUCGUUGCUGUAUCUGUAUGCGUAGUUGUACUUUGCCGAUUU